AGCCAACCUCACCGCAAAGCAGCAGCAAUUACGCAGCCUCACGAGCUCUGCUCCCCUCCCACACUACCCAGACUCCCAAAAGGCGACGCCCGUCCGCUCCUCUGGUGAGCCCCCCGCCCCCCAAUCCAGCAUUCCAGCGCAGCUUAUUAGGCCCCCCGGCCCGCCCGCCUGCCGAUCGAAUCCCCCGCUCAGAUCCGAUCCGAUCCGACCUCGCGCGCUGCCAUGGGAGCCGAGACGGACCUCUCCCCGCCGCCGCCGCCGCUGGAGCCGACGGCGUCGCUCGAGCCGGAGAUCCUCACCCGCGACGACCGGAGCUGGAAGGCGGACAUGAUGUCGGCGCUGGGGGAGUCGGUGUCGUUCGGGCGGUUCCUCGCCGAGCCGCUCGAGUGGGGGAAGUGGUCGGCGUUCGAGCACAAGCGGUACAUCGAGGAGGCGGCGGGGCAGUCGCGCCCGGGCUCCGUCGCGCAGAAGAAGGCCUUCUUCGAGGACCACUACGCCAAGAAGCGCAAGAGCGAGGCCGACGACGCCGAUCACGCUGGCUGUGACGAGGAGGACGUGGAGGUCGAUCCUCAUGACCCGGCGGACGGCGGCGUUGCGGCCUCGUCGGCGGACUCGUCGUGUAUGACGGACGGGGAGGAGGAGACGCGCGGGGUCGAUCCGGAUGCUCCGGAUCGCGGCGGCGGUGUCGAUGCUGCUGGGCCCGUGGAAGCGUUACAGGAGCUGAAGGCCGAGACGGACGGUGUUGGUUCGUCCUGCAGUUUGGUUGACACGGAUGAUCAAUCCCACGAAAAGGAUGAUGUGCCGCAAGUUGCUGAAGCCAGAGAAGGGUUACAAUUGCACGGUCAUUAUGGUAUGGUGGCUGCUGUUGAUUCCGUUGAGAAGCAACCGUUACAGGAGAGUUCUAUUGUGAAUCAGGGUAUAACAGAUUCUGUCAAGAAGAGGAGGCUUCCGAUGCCGUCGUUUUUUCACAAGCCCACGGAAUGCAGCUCUCCCCCAUCAUCAGGGAAGAAAACGUCGAUGAGAAAGCGGUCAAUGCUGCGUUCAGCAAAGGAGAACAGCUCACCACCUCCUAGCACUGACAGCACCAAGCAACCCGAAACUUCAGUCCCACAUAAGAGAUCUACACUGGACUCUAUGCAUAUGUCUAUGAACUUCAGGAGAUGUGAAACGGGCAAUGCCACCUCAAGAUCAAGAAACCUUGGCUCCACAAUUGCUUCCAGGAUCAGUCAGUUGGAAUAUGCAAGUAGACCAGUGAAAGAUACUCAUCCUAAAGUGAGCCAAUUCGGGCCAACAAGAAAGGGAUUGUGUAGAGGCAUGCCAGAAAUAGUUUCGAGAACAUCUCAGCUAGAUGAACAAAGGUCUUCAGAUGUCAGUGUGAUGGGAGUCAAAGAAAAGUUGUUUGGUUCAACUUCGCCACCGGUGCAUCGGAAAACCAAUAUAAUUACCGAAAAGAUGGGAAAAGCCAACAAUGAACCUGAGUUGAAAGAAUUGCGUCAAGGCAUUUGUUUCAAGGCCCCACAUUUCUGUCGGAAAAAUAAAGAACCGAAGGAUUCAAGUCAGCAGAGUGCACAAGAGAUCACACAUUUGCCGAACAACGACCAUCUGCUGAAUGAUGCUAGUAAUCCACACCGAAUGGGCAAAGGAUCCGCGAAGGACAAACACACAUGUUGUUUCCCCCUCAGAAGGCUGUGUUAAGACAUUCGUAGCUUCCAGUAAAUAAUAGCUUAUUCAUUUCAUUUGAUUCUGUUGUGCUGUGUUAUGCUAAUCUGUAGUUAUGCUAUCUUCUGUAUUUCUUUGGAGGAUACCAUUAUCUAUCCCAUCUAAUGCUAUAGUCAGAUUUCCUGACUGAAAUAAAGUAUAGCAUUCUGUUGUUUGAACAUUCAUCUGUUAUAAGACUGGACAAUCAUGCACUAUCGAGGCAAAGUGAUGUUACUGAGCAAAA